AUGAAGAAAUAGAUUAAUAGAAAUAAACCACAACAUUUCAUGUCUAUAAGCCUAUGGAUGAUCAAAUUUAUUUUGUUAAAAGAGUAAAAAACAACCUAAUCAUAGAUAUAAUUGUUAAAUAUUUCUUUAGAUGUUACAUUUCAAGAUAUAUUUAACACAAAAAGUUCAAUUUAAGAUUAUUUGAAAAUAUAAGAAGCGCGUACACUUUAACGCGUUUCACAUCCAAACAUAAUCAGAUUAUAUGAAUGGUGGUUGGAAAUAAAAAACUAUUAAUUAUUUCUAUUUACCUAGAUGGAAUACUGUAUUUAUCCAGGAUAUAUUUCACAAUCUAAAAAUCUAUUGAGUUAUUCAUAUUUUUAUAUGAAUCCAAUGCCUUAAGAAUAGAAGAGCAAACUUAUAAAUGAAAUAUUAUCUUAGAUUAUAAGUGGAUUAGAGUAUUUGCAAAGAAAAUAAAUAGUACAUGGAGAUUUAAAACCUGAAAGUAUUAUGGUCACUAAAAGUAUCACUGGAGAUAUAUAGGUAAUAAAUUCAUAUAAUAAAGGUUAUGUUAGCAGAUUUGAAUCAUUCAUAAUCAUGUUCUCAAGAUUUCUAAAAGUACCAAUUCAAAGAUAAUGUUGAUUAAAAAUAAUAAUGCUUAUAUGCAUUAGGUGUGUUAUUAAUGCAUUUAAUUCUUACAUUCCCAGGAGAACCAACUCUAAGAAAUAACUAUGUUAUCAAAUUUUAAAAUUAUGACAUUGAUGAUUCAUUAUAUGAGUUUGAUAAAUGGGCAUAAAAAUCAGUCAAAAAUAAACAUAAAGAAUUUUCAUUUUUCUUAUACAAAAACUAUAUGGAAUUAGCAAAAUCCUUAUUAAAAAAAUAAUAAUUUCAUGAAUUACAUGAAAUAAGAACUUUUAUUUAAAAUAAUAAAUAAUUUGAUCAUCUAUUAGUUUGA